GCUUUUGUUGUAUUUCUAGCCUUAGAUGGCCAAGCUUCAGGAUGUCAAACCUCCUCAGCCAAUCAGGAAUCUCGCUUCAGAUAUCUAGCCAAUCAGUUGGCCAGCUUAGCUUGCUGCAGAAAUUCUCUUUAUUGCGUCUCACAGCUGUGAUGGAAAAAUACUCCAUGUCCAACAAGCACGGGUGGACUUGGUCAGUGCCAAAAUUUAUGAAGAGAAUGAAGGGACCAGACUACAAGGAUAAGGUGGUUUUCGGCGUUCCUCUGAUUGUCCACGUCCAGCGGUACGGGCACCCUUUGCCCUUAAGCUUACAGCUCGCCCUGCGCUAUUUAAGGAGCCAGUGUUUGGACCAGGUGGGACUUUUCCGCAAAUCUGGAGUGAAGUCUCGUAUUCAGGCUCUCAGGCAAAUGUGCGAAACCUCCCCAGAAAAUGUGAACUACGAGGAUCAGUCCGCGUAUGACGUGGCGGACAUGGUCAAACAGUUCUUCAGAGACCUGCCCGAGCCUCUCCUCACGAGCAAAAUGGGCGAGACCAUCCUCCACAUAUACCAGUAUGUCCCUAAAGAACAACGCUUACAGGCCGUGCAGGCAGCUAUCAUGCUAAUGGCCGACGAAAACCGUGAUGUCCUGCAGACGCUGCUGUGCUUCCUAAAUGAUGUCACUUCCUCUGUUGAGGAGAACCAGAUGACCCCCAUGAACCUGGCAGUGUGCCUCGCUCCUUCUCUCUUCCACCUCAACAUCAUGAAGAAUGAUAACCUGUCGCCGAGGUCUAUUCAGAGGAAGUACGCCACUGGGCGGCCAGACCAAAAGGACCUGAAUGAGAACCUUGCGGCCACUCAGGGGCUUUCGCACAUGAUUGCUGAGUGCCAUCAGCUGUUUGAGAUUCCUCAGGAGAUGCUCUCUCAGUCCAGGAACUCGUACAUGGAAGCUGAGCUGCUGGCGCCCUCUUUGGACGAGCUCUGUAAAAAACAGUCACAACAAGACGAGGAAGAGGAAGAAGAGGAAGAAAGUACAUAUCACUCUUAUCUGGAGAGCCUGAUACAGAAUUUGAUGAAAGAGGCCAAAGACAAGACCAAAGGCUGGGUGGCCAGAUCAAAUAUUGACAAUACUGAGCUAUCAUUCAAAAAGGUGGGAGACGGGACCCCGUUGAGACGCUGGCGUGUUUCUGCAGAGGUGGAGGCUCCUCCAUCAGUGGUGCUGAACCGAAUACUGCGAGAGCGCCACCUGUGGGACAGUAACCUGCUGCAGUGGAAGGUUCUGGAAACUCUGGACAAGCAGACAGAAGUGUACCAGUAUGAGCUGAACAGCAUGGCCCCUCACCCCAGCAGAGACUUUGUGGUGCUCAGGACGUGGAGGACAGAUAUGCCAAAAGGAGUGUGUGUACUGGUGUCACUGUCGAUCGACCACGAGGAAAGCCCACAGCUGGCCGGAGUGAGAGGGGUCGUUCUGGAAUCACAGUAUCUGCUUGAACCGUGUGGAUCUGGCAAGUCCAGACUCACACACAUAUGCAGAGUUGAUCUGAAAGGAAAGUCUCCAGAGUGGUACAACAAAGCUUUCGGCCAUCUCUGUGCUAGCGAGACCGCUCGCAUCCGCAACUCCUUCCAGGUUUUGGAUCCCGAGGGUCCAGAGACCAAAAUCUGAGCCGGGCUACGUGGAGAGAGGCGUGAGGGACGAACUUAGAGAGAUUCACAACAGAAGACAAGAGCAAAUGGAAGUGUUAUUUGUGUUUCUAGCCCCCCCUAAACAACAACAAACUGCCAUGUCCUGUUGGUUUAAUAGACUGUGGAUCAUUGGGAUUGGUUUUAGAGUGUUUUACCCCUUAUAGGGCAUUUAAUUUAGUCCGUUUAUUUCAUAUAAAUGUAUGCAGCUGUUCAAAACUGCCCCUUUUGAAAUGGCAUUUGUUGUGUGUUUUGGGGCAUGUGAUUAGAGAAGAGAAAAGAUGGACAGAGAGAGUGACAGAGACAGACUCCAGUGUAGCCAUAAAGCCAUGCCUAUAAAAAAAAGUCAUAAUGCUGCUUCCUGUUGUCCAGUCUUUACCACAGCAGACAGCUUUAACUAGCACCUUCAGAGCUUCGCUUACAACAAACAGAUGUGGAUGACAAAUCAAAACACAGCAGGUCUGGUUUAGUUUUACCAAGCACUUCAAAUUUAGGUACCUUACAUUAUUUAAAACUCUGUAUUUAGGUGUUUUAUCCUCAUUUGAAUGAAGCUAGUGUUACAGUGACUAUAUUUUAAGCUAAGAUUGUACCCUGGUGACGUAUUGUUGUGAAGUAAGCCCAUAUUUCUAAAGUUCUGUUGAAUAAUGUUUUUUAUCGUUACUUAAGUCUUUGAUUUCAUUCACUGUUAAGCAAUAAUGCAUUAUCAUGAUAGAUGCACUAGUAAUGUGCUCUUCUGACAAUGCAAUAAAAUCAAACAAAGUUGUAAAUAAUAUAGGCAAUGCUAAUGAUUGUUGCAAUUACGGUAUGGAUUAUUAUUAUUAUUGCUGUCAUAUUUUGUUAUAUGUUGCUGUGUCACACUCUACAAUGUCUGGGACAUGAAUUCAUUUCACUGCUUCUGAGAAGCAUGUCUAUUUUAUUCACAAAGCUGUACAUUUGUGUGUGUUUAUGUAUAAAUGUGUAGAUACAAUUCCGGUUGUAAA